AAUAUUGCCUCAGAAUAGCGUUUGAUAAAAGUAAGAGAAGGUGGACAUAACGUUAUCAAGAGGUUGAAACUCCAAUAUUUCAAAAUAGUAAUCCGCUCACAUACAAUACAUAGUCUUCAGAACUUCAUGAAUAUCACAUAAAUUUUUUUUUUUUUUUUCAAGUGCCCACUGUAAUCCUUUAUUGGACAAUUUGAUGUCAUUUGAGACUAAGACCACGAUGCAGUUACGCAAUCACAGGAAAGAUCUAUUCAAACAAUAUGCCGGAGAAGUGUCGCGUAACAAUAUUACAUACGCUCCAUUGGUGGCCACGAACGACAGAUUAUGACCACAAUUUGUGACGCACGGGCCUAAAUUAGCCCAUUAAAUUGCCGUUAGUAUACACUGUAAUAAAAUGCGUCCAGCUGAGUGUUUUUUAUUUUCGCAAUAAUGACAUUGAAUUGUAAUGGAACUAGGUCAGUAAUGGAAUUCAUUAAUAAUCGACCGUAAUUGUAACUAUAUCCACUAAAUUUUUCAUUAUAUGAUGUGGUGAGUAUAGCUCUCCACUAGCGCGGGACGUAAAUUUUAUAUUAAUUAUCUGGGUUUUUAUUUCGCACCAAUUACAGACUUUAGGUCCAUCUGCGUACAGGUUUAUUUUUUAUACAUGCUAUAUUUACUGAGCAUAAUAAGUUUCACUGAUAACUAUGUAAGAAAUGAAAAGGAAACAUGUUUCGGAUCAGAUAAGAUAACAUAAUCUACUGCAUGGAUAUUUGCCCAUUUGGUUCUCUUUUAUUCAUUUUGCGAACAAAAAUUUCUAUAGUCUAUUCAACAAGACGUGUAUUAUGUUUCGUACUGCGUUAUCAUGAAUCUAUGCUUUAUAACAAUAAUUAUAAAGGCAAAUAUACAAAAAUGUAUUGAUUUAACAUUAAUGCUGGCUCUAGCUUAUUUUUCUGUUUCAAAUUUAAUUAUUUCUAUUUUUAUUUAAGCAUGCUUUCUGGCGAGAAUCGAUCCGCGGUCAAUCUCUCUCGCCUUGUGUCGCGUUUUCUAUAAUAUUUUAUAAAGAAAAUGAAAAGUAUAUGUUCGACGUUAAGAUUCUUAUUAUACAGACAGCGACUUUGCAUAUACGUAGUGUGUGUACACAUAACAUGAUAUCAUUUGAAUUAUUAAUUCGCCGCCUAUAAUGGUGGCACCAAGCCCAAUACCCGUUAAAUUCGAUCAAUGACUGAGAAAGUUAUCACACAUCGAACACUUUUCUGGCGUGCGCCAUAUAACAUCCACACGAGAUUCUAAUACAUUAUUCAAGUUAUAAGAAUCACUUUGAAAUGCCAUACAUUUUAUAUGUAUUUUAUAUGUAUCGGGGUUUCAGCAAUGUAGUAUAAAACAAUGCAACAUGCUAAGGACAAAAAUUUCCCUUACUGUGAGGAUUUUUGCAAGCAUCGUUUUAUUGGGACAUUGUGUGCGAUCCAACAAAGAUAUAAAUGAAAAAGAAGACACACUACAUGUUUACAAAAUCGAAGACUAUGACUUUGAAAACACCAAAAUUAAGAAAAUAUGUCUGGUAGCACAGUUCAACGCUACAUUAGAAAUAACAAGAAGGAUUGAUAAAGAGCAACUGGUAUAUUAUUCAGUACCGAUACCUCAAUAUGGCGACACAACUGGAAGCUUUUGCAACAAAAAUUUCAAUUCGGAAUUUAAGCUGAAGUUUUCUAAAGGCUCAAUAGACAUGAAUUUUUACAGGAAAACAAAACCUAUUGCAGAUUACACUGAGACGACGUAUUGUGACCAUUGUGAUUAUGGAACAUGGAAUCUCUCCAGGCUGUCAGCUAUGGCUGAAGUGGAUUCUGGGUAUACAAUACAGGCUUCACUAGUACCCGAAACAUUACGAAACUACGCGAAGGAACUCACGGACGGAAUAGACAUCAAGAGAGCUUUCAAAUGCGAGGAGUCCGAUAGGAUCACUGUUAUCCCCCUAGAUGUGAUAAACGUCUUUAAUUCUUCGAAUCACAACCAACACAUAGACCCUAAAAUGUGGCACGUCAACCUGAAAUUUUACUUUAUUCAAGUUCAGCCUUUUCUUGUACGAUACGGCCAUUUCUUCGAUCCAUAUUUGUGCAGGAGUAUUACCGGUAGCCUGAUGCUGAUCAUCAUCCUUCCUCUAAUAUAUUUUUUCGUGUUCAUCCUUUUCUAUCGAAUAAAAGCAGCACAUGGCUGCCCACCGUCCUGCUGUUCAAAAAACGACGGGAAAAAGCAUCUCAGCUCUGAAAGUGAAAUCUGUAUGGAAGAAGAAAGUACAAAUAUUAUGUCAAAUGAUUAUAGUACUAUUCAAUUUGGCCUAACAAGUAUGGAUUCGUCGGUGGCUUACUGACGAAAUUAUCAAAGUUGUACAUGCAAACUGUGAAGAUUCAGAACUGAUGAUAUUCGCCGUAGCUAUCAGUAUUCUGAUAUUAUAUACAGCUCAACGAAUCCAAGGGAUAUUUAUUAGGCACCAUUACAUAUGUGUGUAGGCCUACAUGUUGAACAAAAUGAAAAAGUAUAUCCGUUUGUCAGUAAGCGACUUUGGCAAGUCUAACGUUUCCGGAAUAAAAAGGUAUCGAGGCAAUAAACCUUUUUCCAUACAAAUAAUAAAGUUUUUUAGUACUGUAUUUGUAUUUUGGUUAUUUGAUCACUUUUGAGAAAGUUCAGACUGAAUAAAACACAAUAUUUUUAUUUUUACUGUCUCCAAGUUCAUGAAAUUUAUACCGUAUAAACUUUUUAUCUCAACUUCUUAUCUCAAUGAAACUUGUUGAAGUGUUUUUGUGUAGAAUGAUAAAGUUACGUUUUCAAUUUGAAUUGAUGCAUAAAAAUCAUGAUUUGUUUCGGAACAAAAA